UUGGAUUCUGUCAGAUUUCGUCGCGCGUGCGCGUGUAUCGCUCCGAUAUCAUAAUACUACACGAAUUUUGGUGUUUGAAGUACAGUUAUAUUCUGUACAAAAUGAAAGUCGUACUCGUAACUGGCGGUACUGGACUAGUUGGCAAAGCUAUUCAAAAUGUCAUUGCGUGUGACAAGGGAGAAGAUGAAAAGUGGAUAUUUAUUGGCUCCAAAGAUGCAGAUUUGUGUGACAAGGAAGAUACUCGCAGAUUGUUUGCUGAGCACAGACCCACACAUGUUAUUCAUCUGGCCGCCAUGGUCGGUGGGCUUUUCCACAACUUGUCUCACAAUUUAGACUUUUUAUUGAACAAUAUCCAUAUGAAUGACAAUGUUCUCCAUAUGGCUCACGAAUAUAAUGUUUUAAAAGUCGUUUCGUGCCUUUCCACUUGCAUAUUUCCAGAUAAGACGUCGUAUCCCAUAGAUGAAACCAUGGUUCAUAAUGGGCCACCACAUCCUUCAAAUUAUGGUUACAGUUAUGCUAAACGACUAAUAGAUAUUGCAAAUAGAGGCUACCAUGACCAGUAUGGCAGACUAUACACCAGUGUAAUUCCUUGCAAUGUGUUUGGCCCAUAUGACAACUUUAAUCCUAGCUCAAGUCAUGUUAUACCUGGCUUGAUGCGCAGACUUUAUGAUCUGUGCAAAGAUGGAAACACCGAGGAUAAAGUAUUCACAGUACUGGGAUCUGGUAAACCUUUGAGGCAAUUCAUCUAUAGUAUAGACUUGGCGAAAUUAAUAAUCUGGGUACUGCGUGAAUACAAUUCUGUGGAUCCAAUUAUAUUAUCAGUGGACGAAGAACAGGAAAUUUCGAUAUCACAAGUGGCCGAGUCUCUGGUGCAGGCUUUCAACUUCAAAGGCAAAGUGGUGUAUGAUACGUCGGCAGCGGACGGCCAGUACAAGAAAACUGCGAGUAACGCGAAAUUACGAAAGUACUUGCCAAACUUUCAGUUCACGCCGUUCAAACGGGCGAUCAAGGACACCGUCGAUUGGUACAUAGAUAAUUACGAUCGGGCGAGAAAUUAAGGCGGGGAAGAUCGGGUAUAUCGAUAUCGAAUGUUACCUGUUAGAAUUUGCGGGAUACCGAAGAUAUGAUACUUGUGAGUAUUAAUCGUAUGGCUUUAUCAUAUUGUAAAAAGUUAUAUUUUUUGGAAUAAACGAUCUAUGCGAUA